AUGUUCUUCCCAGCCUUCUUCAGUAAUAAUGAGCAAGUCUUUCUUAGAAGGUAUGAUGAAGAUGUAAUUCUCCCUUGCCCAUUUAAGAGUGGAUCUCGAAUUGUGAUUCACUGGAAAAAUCAAUAAAGCCAUGUUCACAGUUACUGCCAUGGCAUGGGUCACUUGGAGACACUGCAUCUAAGAUAUGCAAACAGGACAUCCCUCAUUCACAGUGACAUUCACAAUGGGAAUGCCUCUCUCACUGUCAAAAGAUUGAGCCUUCUGGAUGAAGGAAUUUAUAUCUGCUCUUUCCACACACCUUGAAUGAAAUACAGAAGGAGGAACAUAGAGAGUUUUCUGGUAUGCAGUAUCCUGGGUGUUUAUCCUUGUUCACAUAUCACAUGGAAAAUGGACAAUACAGUUGUCUCUGAAAGCAGUUCAGAAGAAACUGUGGCGCCUGAUCAAUUUCAUAUUAAAAGUACAUAGGAUAUUACAGGAUUAAAUUCAUCUUUUGAGUGUGCUAUUGAAAAUUCUCUUCUAAAGCAAAUAUGGAGAGGGUUGAUAGAUCGCAGUUCCUUUCCCAUGACUUUGAGAGAUCUCCAUGCAUCAGACGGUGGGGAAUACUUAUGUAAUGGUUCUUCAACUGAGUAUACUUUUUUCACUGUCCACAGGCUGCAUCACCGAGGCAAGGAAGAGUAUUACCCAAAUCAAGGAAGAGUAUCACAGAGAAAACUUCCUGGAGUUUGGUUGCCCCCUUUACCGUUACUGAUAGUGAUAGCAGUACUUUGCUGUAAACUGAGACGGGACUCCAAUAACUCUGCAGGUAACAUGGAGAAUUUGGCUUUGUUAGUGGGUUUCCGUACCCUUGCAAUUAACAAUGCAGGGAAGCACAUAUCUAUACUGCUGGCUGUGGAUACCUUGAACCAGAAGGAAUCUGUACGAAGUAGGGAUUGCCACAUUCCAGGAAAUGUGAAUCCUGGAAGACGAUCAAGUGCAAAGCAGGCUCACGAUGCAGGUCUGUGGGGCUGCAUUCUUAUCUCCCUGCCCACUAGCAUCAAUAGCAACACUAACUUAGUGCUCUCAGAAGCUCUUCCUCACUUCACCCUGCCCAAGAAAACCCCAGAUUUCCUGGGCAUUCACAUAGAUCUCAUGUCCUAUGCAUGA